GCGCCCAGCCGUGAAUGGAGCGUCCUCCCCGUUGUCGCACGGGCCGCGGUCGAUAUGUGAGCCUCCGUCGUCUGAACGCCGGAGCCCGUUUCAACCUAACCCGUUAGCAGAAGCACGGACACGACAUGCUCUGAGCCGUACGGGUGCACCGUCGCGCCAGGAGUCUAGCGAGAGAUCGUCGCGGGGAGUAGCGCAAGGCGACGCCGUCGCACGCCCCCGUCACUGCUGCCGCCGAGAGAGAGCAUGACAGACCUCUUCAAGUCGGCGUUGGGCUACUUCGCCGGCGGCGGCAGUUCGUCGUCUUCGGCAAACGCCCGCGGCGAAGACCACGAGUUCGUCGGCCAGGUGGUCGAGCUCGGCAACCAGAAGCUGCGCGUCAAACGGGUCCUCGCCGAAGGAGGCUUUGGCUUUGUGUUUGCAGCGCAAGACUUGUCGUCGAACAGGGAAUAUGCACUCAAGCGAAUGUUCGCUGGAGAUGAGGAAGCCAGCAGAUCCAUUCUCCAAGAAGUCAACGUCCUUAAAAAGCUUUCCGGCCACCCAAACGUGAUAGACUUCAUUGCAGCCGCAGCCAUUGAGAAAGGCCAGUCGGGUCAUGGGAAGUCGGAAUACCUUCUCCUCACAGAGCUCUGCCCAGGUGGUCCCCUGGUGGAUGUCCUCCAACAGCGGACAACAGACCUCAGCCUUGCGCAGGUCCUGCAGAUCUUUUACCAGACGUGCAGUGCUGUCUGCCACAUGCACACACAAAGCCCACCCAUCAUACACAGAGACCUCAAGAUUGAAAACCUCUUGCUGAGUUCUAAGGGCACCAUCAAGCUUUGCGACUUUGGCAGCUCGACGACAAAGUCCUACAAGCCCGACAGCUACUGGACGGCCAUCCAGCGGAGCCUGGUCGAAGAUGAGAUGUGCAAGAACACGACUCCGAUGUAUCGGCCGCCGGAAGUGUUGGACACGUACAACAACUACCCGAUCAAUGAGGCCAUGGACAUUUGGGCCCUGGGCUGCGUCCUGUUUCUCCUGUGCUUCCGCGAGCACCCGUUCCCGGACUCGUCCAAGCUCCGCAUCCUCAAUGCCAACUACAGCAUUCCUUCUGGAGACACCCACUUCGACAUCUUCCAUGACCUCAUGCGGGGCAUGCUCCAGGUGAACCCAACAUCACGGCCCACGAUCAUCGACGUGGCUGAGCGACUGCAGGAGAUGGGUGAGGCCAAGAACGUGCGGCUGGAGGACUCACCGGGCCUGCGCAGUGCAAACCCGGUGACGGGUGGCGCGUCCCAGGGCGACACCAGUGCAGCAACGCACAGCGUGCCGAACUCCACUUCCGCACCGCCCAGCCGGCCACCCCCGCCAAACCUCAACGUCCACGGAGGCACAGUUUCCGCGGCGGCUGCUCCUCUUCCGACGACAGCGGAAGGAAGCUGGGGCAGCGCAGGCCUCCUGACGUCGCUACGUGGCGGCGCAGGAAGCCUGCUCAAGCGCCUAGGUGACACCUCCUCCAAGGUCAUGCAGAUUGCCCAGCAGACAAUGGGCAAGGCUGACUUGGACUUCAACUACAUCACAAGUAGAAUUGCCGUGAUGUCGUACCCUGCGGAAGGGCUGGAGUCAGCGUACCGUAACCAUGUGGAGGAUGUGAGGACGUUGCUGGACACACGGCAUCGGGGUCACUACGCCAUCUACAACGUGUCGGGUCGUGCCUACUCAUCGGCCAAGUUCGAGUGCAAGGUCACCGAACGGGGCUGGCUGGCACGGAAGGCCCCGCCCCUGCACACCCUGUUCAACCUGUGCCGCUCCAUGCUAGCCUACCUGAACCAGGACGCUCGUAACCUGUGUGUCGUCCACUGCCUUGAUGGCAAGUGUUCCUCAGCAGUGUUGGUGUCAGCGUUCCUGGUGUUCUGCCACCUGUUUGACAGCCCGGAAGAGGCCCUGCAGAUGUUUGCCGUUCGCCGUUGUCCCGUUACGCUCUGCCCUUCCCAGAUAAGGUACAUCCAGUACAUGUCACAGAUGGUCUCCCAGAACCACCAGGUGUUGCCUCACCGGUUCCCUUUGCAGAUUGUGGCACUCAUGCUGAAGCCCGUUCCUAUGUUCACUAAGCUCAGGGAUGGAUGCCGGCCUUUUGUGGAGGUCUACGUUGGGGAGGAGCGUAUACAUACUACAUGCCAGGAGUACGAACGAAUUGCUCAUCACAACUAUGCAGAGAAACAGCUGGCAAUUCCGCUGAAUGUUGCAGCUGCAGGAGACGUGACAAUCGCAGUCUACCAUGCUCGGUCAUCGUUUGGGAAGGUGUCGCCAGUCAAGAUUUGCCAGGUCCAGCUAUACUCUGGAUUUGUGGCUCCCGGCACAACACAGCUGACAUUUUGCAGGCAUGAACUUGACGGCAUCGAGGAGCUGGACCGGUACCCGGAGGGCUUCCAGCUGUCCCUUGAGGUCCGGGUGGGUGACACUCCUAGCCCGCGGCUCACCAACGGUCCGUGGGCCGACCUCGAGCACCUGGAGACAAAUGCCGCCAUCCUGUUCAGCACUGACGAGGAGCUUGAGGCUUGCAUUGGCCAUUUCUCAAGGAAUGCCCCUGCAAGGCCACCUCCACCUGCGACACCCAGUUUGCCAAGUAGGGACACUUCUCCGCAGCACUCGGAGAGUGACGUUCCAAGUGCCACCACAUCUGCGGAGACGCUGCUGGGGCCGAUGCGCAAGCUUUCAGCGGCGGCAGAUGGGGGAAGUGGUGCAGCUGUCGACAGCAACACGGUGCCUCCGCCGCGGCCCAAGGCCAAAGAGGUGGACCUGCUCAACCUAGCAAGCUUCUCCAUCGACGAUGGCAGCAGUGGUGAGAGGCAAGCGCCCUCGGACCGCACGGUGGACGACCUUCUAGGCACUUCCUUGUCCAACCAGCCGACAUCGAACUUUGACCUUCUCGUCAAUCACAGGCAGUCUGUGCAGCCCCCGCUGAUCGGCGACCUCUCGUCAUCCGGCGCGCCAGCCUUCGACCCGUUUGCCACCGGUUCCACUGGGUCAGCACCGUCAACGGUGCCCACUGUCAACCUCAUGGAUGCCAAGUCUCCGACAGCCACCAAAGGUGGGGCCGACCUCUUCGACCCGUUUGGAACGGCCACCCCGGCUUCUGCUGCUCCCGGCUGGGCCAACACCAGUGUCAGCGCGGGGAACACACCACAGCACAAGCAGGGUGGCAUCCCAAACAGCGUGUCAGCCUUCAACAUGGCUGCCGCUUCAACGGCGACGACUCAGAGUGGCGGGGCUGCCGCCAAACUUGACACCAUGCCGGGGACGUGGGACACCCUGUUCCCGGGCAGCACCUGGGUGCCGCUGGUACCCUCGACCGGCGGCAGCGGAGCGGGGACACCGGGAUCAGGAUUGACCCGGAAUGCUUCCACGCCCAACCUCGAGGCGCUUGGGCGUAAGGCUGACCCAUUUGCGGACCUAGGAAAUCUAACAGGUGGCUCCACUGGCGCCGGUGCAGCCUCCAAGACAGGAGCAGCAACUGCAACUGGCUUCCCGGCUUGGUCGCAGCCAAAGCCAGCCACAGCCACAAGCAGCCCACAGCCGACUGGAAGUGGGACACAGGUCGGUGGGGCCGGGGCCAAUGGUGCAAAGUGGAGACCAGGCAGUGCCGUUCCUCCGGCUGCCCCUACAGCCACGGCGGCUCCUUCGAAGCCAAACUACAGCGCUGCAGCCACGCCAGGUGGCAGCAGCAUAUUCGUGGACAAGACUGCGGCUUCGGCUGGGGCGCCUUACAGCAAUGGCCAGAAGGCAAAGCUGACGGAGGACACAUUUGAGGACCUUCUGGGCACGCAAGGCUUCUCAGGUUUUGGAAAAAAGGACACGGGUCCUAAGACAAUUGCUGAACUCCGCCGGGCAGAGAUGGCCAAGGAGAUGGACCCCAUCAAGCUCAUGAUCAUGGACUGGACAAUGAAGAAGGAGCGCAACAUCCGGGCACUGCUGUGCUCGCUGCACACGGUCAUCUGGGAGGGCUGCCGCUGGACUGAGGUGGGCAUGCACCAGCUCGUGUCGCCAGCCGACGUCAAGCGCUGCUACCGCAAGGCCUGCCUCGCCGUACAUCCCGACAAGCUUGUCGGCACAGAGCAUGAGGAAUUGGCCAAGCUCAUCUUCAUGGAGCUCAACGAUGCCUGGAGUGAGUUCGAAAAGCAGCAGGGACUUGCCUAGUCAGGAAAGGGCUGGACUUCACCUCUCACCUCUGCUCCCCUCGCACGACGUCAGUGGGGUGGCAGCAGCAAGAAGCGCGCAGGGACGGAAAACGAAAGUGACGCGGGCUUUGCAGUGCCCAUGCAGCGUGAAUGCCAAAAAAAAGCGAGCAAGAGAGCAGCCGCAAGCAGCAAUGGCAAGAGCAGAGGUAUCCACGUGCCGGCCGCGCACACACAUUUUGAACACAAUCAUGGACCUUUAUUUUACGCUUUCUUUUUUUUUUUUUUUUUUUUUUUUUUUGUGCUUGUCAUUGUUUUACCCAUCGCCGAAUAAGCGGUUCUUGUCACAAGUCGGCAUACCCCAAAUUGUUACAUAUUGUUGACAUUUAUGUGUGUGUUGAGUUCGUUCCUGAAGAGUUUGGAAGUGCUAUACAAGGGGGGAGAUCGACGUGUUUCUGGUCCAAGAUCGACGGCUGGUUAGAAUCAAUGCAUCCCGGUCAACUGCCAGUCGUUAGUCUUGUCUUGACUUGGCUCUCGGCCACAGGAUACUUCUGAAGGGUUGUUUUUGAGCCAGGUUCAAGUUUAACCCUUCCUUUUUUUCUCUCUCUCUCUUUUUUUUUCUUGUCUCCUUUUUUUUUUUUUUUUGACAAUAUCAGUGAGGCACAGUGCUGCCUGUACUGCACGUUCACGGGGCAAAUUCUGUCUCUGCUUCUUCAGUGUUGAAUCAGUUGCGCCUGCUGCGUGUUAUCCACAUAUUCAAAGAGUGGCAGUGACAUAGACCUGAGCAGUAUUGAAAAACUUGUAGUCACUUCAGUUUUUAAUGUGAUCAAAGUUCAAAACCAAUAAGAAGCACUUGAACGUACUCUAAUAGGCAAAUGCUCCGCUGUCGGAAACCAGUCUCGCUAUGGAAAAUGGUAAAACAGGAAGCUGCCUGGGACUGGGGAUUCAGUGAGACAACAAGCGUUUGAUCCAAUUAUAAAUGUGCUUUCCGAUUUCUUUUUUAUUCAUUUUGUACAAUUUCUAGUUUUCACCUUUGGCGAAUAUCUGAUUUAAGAAGGCCUUAACCAGUACUUGUGUGCAUAAGACUAGACAAUACUAUCUUUUUUUUUUUUUUCGGAUGCACUUUAUGGCUGGUGUCGGUCCACAUGGACCGAGAUACUGUUCAUAGCUAGGCGUAAUGUUCUAGACGUGUGCUCAACUGUUGAUAAUUUAAAUGUGCCCCCCUUUUUUUCUUCUUUCUUUUCAACUUUUUUUUUUUUUUUCAACCUUUUGUACAUAAAGUAAUGUUUUGGGACCGCAUUUCUGUCUUGCGGCUUUCAUUUUGUUUCAAUUUUGAGCCAGUCGUGCAGGCUGCUGCUGUAAACUCUGUAGUCUUUAUUAUUAUUAUUAUUAUUAUUAUUAUUAUUAUUAUUAUUUUGACAUCCUUGGGGGUGCACUUUUGUUUCUGUAGCUAGGUUUUUACUCGACUGCCUACAUGUUAGGCGGUUGAGUUCGGCAUUACAUACAGCACGAAGGCAUCUUGCGCUGUGUUGUCAUUCCAGCACUUUAUAUUUGCAUAUCAUUGUCACACCACAAGUUUUGGUUUUAUAGGGAUCAAAAACAUAAGAUGAACAUUCUGUGUCGGCUUCAUUUGACAAAUUUCUGUAAAAGCCUUGCCAAAGGUGACACAUGCAAACAAGUGUAGAAAAAAAUGUGUCGCUAUUGUAUUCCCUCCAGUGGGGUGUGUUCCUGGUUCCCAACUUUCCGAGUUGUUCUUAUCGAUAGGUGCUUUGUAUGUUGAUUUCUUUUUUACGUUGGCUUGUUUAUUUGGUUGGCUUGUUAACCAUAUCCUUGCUGUUCACUAACCAGCACCUCUGUAGCAGACUGGUGCAGUACUAGCAAAAUAUCUGCGAGCAUGACGACACACACACACUCUGUGAAAGCUGCACAGUAUAUUUUUAGUCUUCGCUUCAAAACUAACCGCUACGUGUUUCCUGUAUCGUGAAUUUUUGUUGUUGUUACACUUAUUAAUCAAAGUACUUCAGCUGGUUUGUGCAAAGUCAUUCCUGUGCUUUUGUCUUCAUUGGAGAGCAUUCAGUGGCAGGGGGAGAUUCGCAACCUCGCCCCUCAAAGUUAGAGGGCUUCGUUCAUUGCAUACGGAACGCUGUCCAGGUCAUGUGCCAUGUUUUGAUUAGCCUGGUUACUCUACAUCUCUUCUUACGGGCGGGAUGCACGUUCCAUGAACACUACGGCAUGCUUUGACACAUUUUGUGCACGGAGGACCACACUUCUUUUGUCAACUCGAAAUGCAGAUCUGGCUUUGUCGUUGUGACUGGUGAUAGAGCCGUGUGUGAUAUAUCGACAUGUCGGGGGUAGUGCAGCUGAUGUAAUACUUGGCAACUGAAUGUUUAAAACUGCAGUAGGAGGCUGUGUGUGAGGUUUGGUUCUGCGGUUGGAUUUGAGAGCAGUGCGUUUACCAUGACAUGUUUGUCAUUUUAGUGGAUUUUAUUGUUUCUUCCGCCUUUCUGUUGAUUUCUUUUACUACACUGUGUGCUACUACCACUGCUCUUUGGGUGUUGCAUAGUUAUCCGCUUGUCACAAGUAACAGAUUCGCACUGUGUAUGUGCUUGUCAUUGAGGUUGAAGUCUCAAAGGUGCAAGAACACCUUGACGUUGCGCAAGGGGGCGGGGUGCUUCACCAAUGCCGUUUCGUCGGCGUCGGCACGAGUAUUCGCUGUUUAGCGAAGAAUGUCGCACCAAACAGGCACAUUUAGGCUACAAGACAGGCUUUAGAAUACGCUGUGUCCCUCAUCCCUUUUAGAAGCAGCGUGGAGGCAUCUCUCUGGGAACUGAUGCAUGUACCGGGUGUAGCCACUUGAAAUUGAUGCUGUCGUAAGCAGCGUGUGUUGCGGGCGACUUUUAGUUGCUGCAACAAUCAUUGUAAGGGGGCUCUGUGAUUGGGUUGUGCAUAGACGCUAGUCCAUACAGCAGUUUGUUGUGACUUAGUUGUUCAGGACAGUUGACAUUUGGCUGGAGCAGUUGCCAAGAUGUGUACCAAAAGUUGCCUAGACAUCUUCCGUAAUUCAUAGUGUUGUAGAGAUGUCAGCACCGCAAUGUUAUCAGUUUUCCAAGCUUGUCACUGUCAGAGAAAGCAGCUUGUUAGUGUUCAAUGCAUUCCAACUUCUAAUUGUCUUCUAAUUUAUUGCAGAAAGAAAUAUGAGCAAUACGUCUUUUUGCAAUCACAUUAAACAUUGGCCAGCAUGCUUCAGCAUUAAAUUUACUCUGCUGCGAGCACUUGAUUUACUGUUAAAGCAUAGUCUUUAUGGGACACCUCUGCACUGCUAAUAAAAAGGCAGAGGAUGCUUACAAAGACAUCUUAGAAAAGCCUGAGAAGACUGGGGAUUUAUCAGAGUCCCACGACAUGACCUGGCAACUGGUUCAGUGACACACAAAGUGGCCUGACAACUUUGUGCACUGUACUUUACAAAUGCACUGUAGCUCAUUAUGCUAAUUCUGUGGAGUCAUGUUAGUUUCAAGCAUGGUUGGUGUAGACAACUUGCAACAUUGAGCCCUUCAAUGAACAGAUGGAAAUGAGUGCAAAUUGGGGCUUAGUCAUUGCCCUGGGAUAGUUUUAAUGGCAUGAUUGACGCAAGAACCGAGCUCCUGGUGGAGGGAGCUAUCAGAUUUUUCCCACGGUCAUUCGUCUGAGGGACAUUCAGUGGUCAUCUGUACAUUUCGCUCAUCGGUCUCUAGAGGGAUGCCUUCUCGAAGCAUUCUCCUCGAUGAUGCAUAGAUAGUGCCACACCUCUUGUCUCUCCAGUUGCAAGCCGAUUAGCGCCCCAAGCCUGUAAGGUAAAAAAAAUUAUCCAAUGAGUUAACGAGUAAUAAGUACCCGUUGUCGUGUGUGAGGUGCGCACCGUGAGUGUAAUAUAUGGUGGCAGAGAUGGUGACAGAACUUCUUGUUUUUUUUUUGGUCUGUGAUAGAAAUGAGGAGAGCUUGUCUGUUUACGUCGUCAAGCUUCCCACAAGUGCGCCUGUUUGCGUCUAUGCUGUGCCUACAAAUGAUGAUGAGGGCUUUCUUUCUCCUGCCUUUAUGUCCUCUUGAAUAUUCUCCCGAUUUGACUCUGAAUGUCCCAAUUGUCUUGUGUAGAAUUCUUCUGUGAUAAUGUAUUACUCUCUGGUACUUGUUUGUGGUACUUGGUACAUUCACAGUUCUGAGCAAAAUGCCAAGAGGUGAAGAUGCUGCCUGAAGAGGAGACUGAUACUUUCAUCUUCACAUUUUGGCAUGCUAAUCAUAAUUGUGAAUUCUUUAGCAAUUUGCCAAGCAUUCAGAAAUACAUGGCUGCUUUUUUAGCAGACUGCUUGAAAGACUGUUUUGCAAGUGGUAGCAAAUUGAAGAAUGUAAAUAGUUUGUUUCCCUUUUACCUUAGUCUGUUGGAAGCAGAGUGUGUGUCGUUUCUUAAACGAGCAGAAUGUGUGGGCUAAACACCACUUUGCAUAUCAAACUCAAUGCAUUACUGAAUUACUGACAUGUCAUUAAAUAUUGAGUUCAGUGCCUGGUAGAUUAACAAGCUAAGGAAAUAUAUACAGUAUGGGCCAAUUUUUAAGUAGAUGCCAAAUUAGUGUUUGAGGGCAGUUACAGCUUACAUAAAUACAAAUGCCUGCAAAUUGGAUGUUAAUAACUACCAAGUACAUGGUACAGUAUGCUUUCUAAAGUUCAGUAAAGAAAUAGUAGAGAGAAAGAUAGAAGGUAGGAAGAAAAUUUAACUUGAAUACCAAUUAAGCGCUCCUGUUGAGUAGUAAAAUAUCAUAAGCACUAGUGUUGUUUUAUUUGCUGUGCUGCAUUUUCCAGUUUAAAACAGAACAACUAGUUUUGAAAACUUACCACGGAGGUCGUUACUCAGAGGACACAAACAAAAGUCGAGCGUAGUACAUUUGUCCUUGCUUUUUCUGUGCAGUGCAUAUUUCUUGUCUGUCCGUACUUGUUGGAAGCUCGACGGCCAGUAGGAUUUCAUUCCACUAGUGGCUCUCAAACGUGGAGGCUUGCUGUAAUCAGCCUUUACCCAAUUCUGUCUCUCUCUCUCUCUCUCUGUGUUUGCUUUAUUCUUGCCAGUUCUUUUGGUGUCGAGUUUCCAUGUUGCCUGCAAAAUUGUGUUUCUGACUGAAAGUGUGUCCGUUUGUUGAUGUAAAUAUUAUAAAUAUAUACAUAAAUACAUGCUGUUGAGGAAUCAAUGAGACAAUGCAAAA